AUGGGACCGGAAUGCGACCCGACCGUGUUCUUCGCCCGUCUGCAGCACUCGCGCGUGCAAUGCGCAGCUACCUACCCCCUCCCCCAAAUCAUCGGUGAACGAAACUGUGGCAGCUACAACCAGUGUACGACCAGUACGCGGUUCUUACAGCUGACAAUGAUGAUGAUGAUGACAUCGGAUGGCAGCCAUUUCAUGUAUUUGCGCAGCUCUGGUAAUAGAGAAGCCGCUGAAGCUGGAUACGCCGGCAUGGGUAUCUUAUUGAUUGGAUACCCCUCCGACUUCAGCACUGAACGUGCGAAACAGUUUUUGACGCUCUUUUACAACGCGUUGAAGGCGCAGAUAUCGUUGUGGCUGUCCGGGGAGGUAGACUAA